CGCGCUCAACACGAUGACCGACAUCGGCGGCGGGCUCCUCAACGAAGUGGACUUGAGCUUUCCUGACCGCAAUGACACCCUUCUCCCCACGGAUCGAUCCAAGGCGGCGAAUCCACGCAGUUUUGACAGGAAGGUGCGCGUUCUCCCAAAGACAUCCGCCGAGCUGGGAAGUGAUGCCCGUCCAUCACUUCAUCAGUUUUUUCCUGCUUGGGACGUUCAAGCGUAUGCGCGGUUCGCCGAAAUCAAGCUGCACAUGGUGAACUCCCAAUACCCAGAAUAUGAGACCACAGGUGCGUUGCCGCAGUUGAACGACGGGCACUUCCUCGUCCCGGCGGGAGACAUUAUCCUGCAUCUUCAAACCUACUACAAAGACCUGGAUGCGCCCUUGACGGAUAAGCAGCGCGCCGAAUCCAUCGCGUUCCGUGCACUCGUCCAGGAAAAGCUCGCGCGGGUGUUGGACUACUGCCAAUGGGUAGACCCCAUCACGUACAGCGAAGUGACCCGUCCGGCCGUGCAGCGCGUGAUGCCGUUUCCUCUCAACCGCGUGGUUCCCAAGCUCCUUCAUGUGCGCCACACCGCCGCAUUCCACGCAUCGACGUCGCUCUUGUCCAAGGAACACGUCUACCUCACCGCGCGGGAUUCGUAUGUCGCGCUGAAUUCGUUCUUGGAAGCUUCGGAUGGUCCGUACUUCUUUGGGACCAACCCGUCGGCAGUCGAUGCCGUGGUAUUUGGGCACGUUGUGGACGCGCUGAGCGACUGCCAACUCCGCGAAGUGGUGGCCAUCCACGGUCCGCGCCUGGUGCAAUUUGCAUCGCAUGUCCGCCACGCGUACUUUGAGUCGGCCGCGCACGCGGCGCUGUGCACGCAAAGCACUUCCAAUGCAUUUGCGAACCUCGACGCGGCCUUUUUGGCCGGCGAUUUCAACGUGGUACCGCAUGCCGCGUAUAUCGUGCCUUUCCAGAGCCUCAGCUGGAGUCAACGAGAGGUGGUCAAGUCUGUCCACGUGGCAGCUGACGACCCCAACUACGACCCGGUGGUCACAUUCGACAAAGGCACGCGGAACGUCCUGCUUGGCGGCGUGCUCGCGAUAGUGCUGUAUGGGCUAUCCCUCUUGACGUUUGAAGUUGACGACGGGGAGGACGAGGAUGGCAUGUACGACGACGAAGACAACGACCAGUGAAGGGCGAACCAAAGACUAGUAGGUCACGUAUUGUCGAUUUUAUAUACAAAUUUGGGGAGGGGUUGUGCAAUUGGAUCGCGCCGACCAAACCGAUCCAC